AUGCAGCUUUAUAUGUGUAAAAACUGCGAAUGGAAGAUUUACUAUGCAGAUAUUUUUAAAAGGAAUGUCUUUCACUUAUUUAUAAAAAAAGAAGAGAAUGAGUUUUUUGAGAACAAGAAUCUUAUACGCAUUGAGUUUCGACCCGGAGUGGGGGGAGAAGAAGCCUUGUCGUGGUCAAGGGAUUUGUUAAAAACAUAUAAAACUUUUGCAGAAAAGUACAACUGCACAGUUAAAAAAGACAUUAGCGAAUCUUUAGUGGUUAGUUCAAAUGAUAACAUAAAUAUAAAUAAAUGCGGAAAGGAAAUUAAUAUAAGCCUGUUCGAUCUUUUCAAAAAUGAAGGAGGAGUUCACCAAGUUAAGAGGAUACCGAAAAAUGAGUCAAAGGCUAAAAUUCACUCGUCAACUGCUACAAUUGCAAUUUUUUUACACAAACAUAAUGAAAGCAAGAACAAAAUUAAUUCGAAAGAUAUGAAAGUUACUACAUUCAGGUCGAGUAAACCAGGGGGACAAAAUGUCAACAAGAUUGAAUCAGGUGUCCGAAUUUUGCAUAAGCCUACCGGGAUACAAUCUGAAUGCCAAGAGGAAAGGACCCAAGAGUUAAACAAAAGAAUUGCCAUGAAAAGAUUAAUUCUUAAAAUACAAGAACAGAAAAUUAAGGAUAGCAUAAAUUUGCUUCAAAAUGAAAGAUCUAAAUUGGUAAAAGAAAGCAAUAGAAGCAACAGAAUAAGAACAUACAACUUUUUCAGAGGGUAUAUAACGGAUCAUGUAACAAAAAGAAAGUUGGAGUUAAUGUACUUUGAAAGGGCUAGACUGGAAUAUUUGUUGAAUAUAUAA